GGCCUCAAGAAUCGGAUCCAAGUUCUUUUCAUCCGAGCAUCGGACCACCACCUGCGAUUAUCACCAACACACCUUCAAACGUUUCGGAACCCUAAUUUCAUCAAUCCAUCGAUCUGUGCGUAAAUCAUACAAAACAACCGAGCUCCAAUGGCGAUGGCUGCACUCAGAAGAGAAGGGAGGCGUUUCGCACCUCUUGUUUCCUCUCCAAACCCUAUCAAUGCGAUCCGAUCCACUCUUGCUCCCGCUGAGGAGCAGGUGGGCCUUGGGGUUCGCUCCAUUUCAACACAAAUUGUAAGAAACCGUAUGAAGAGUGUCAGAAAUAUUCAGAAGAUUACAAAGGCCAUGAAGAUGGUUGCAGCUUCAAAGCUGAGAGCAAUUCAAGUUAGAGCUGAGAAUUCUCGUGGACUUUGGCAGCCAUUUACUGCUCUUCUUGGCGACACUCCAAGUGUGAAUGUGAAGAAGAAUGUCAUCGUCACUAUCUCUUCAGACAAGGGUCUUUGUGGUGGUAUUAAUUCUACUUCAGUGAAGAUAAGCAGGGCUCUUCACAGGAUCAACGCUGGACCGGACACUGAAUGUAAAUAUGUGAUUUUGGGAGAAAAAGGAAAGGCCCAACUGAUCCGUGACUCAAAGAAAGACAUUGAGUUGAUUAUGACCGAGUUGCAAAAGAAUUUUCUGAACUACACUCAGGUAUCUGUACUUGCAGAUGACAUCUUGAAGAAUGUGGAGUUUGAUGCACUGAGGAUAGUGUUCAACAAGUUUCAAUCGGUUGUUUCGUUUCUGCCUACAACCGCAACCGUGUUGUCUCCUGAGAUUGUUGAAAGAGAAUCUGAAGCUGGGGGAAAGAUUGGUAGUCUAGAUUCUUAUGAAAUUGAAGGCGGUGAAACCAAGUCAGAAGUUCUCCAGAAUCUUGCUGAGUUCCAGUUUUCUUGUGUAAUGUUCAAUGCGGUUUUGGAGAAUGCAUGCAGUGAACAAGGAGCUCGGAUGUCUGCUAUGGACAGCUCCAGCAGAAAUGCUGGUGACAUGCUUGAUCGUCUCACUCUUACAUACAACAGGACCCGUCAAGCAUCCAUCACAACUGAACUCAUUGAGAUUAUUUCUGGAGCAUCUGCGUUGGAGGGUUAAUUGUUGUCGUUUUCAGUACUUUGGCAAGACCCGCUUGAUGGUCACGAAAUAAAACCAUACUUUUUGUUAAAACAUUCUCAAAUAAUCUGGGCUUGAUUUACUUUUUAUCAGGGGCAAAUCUGUUUUUUUUUUUUUUGCAGUUAAGCUUAUCGAGGCUUUCUCAUUGUCGUUUGUGAUAUUAAUGUAUGUUGUUGGUUAUCAAAUGAAUUGAACAGUUUUCUCAAUACUGGGUGACUAGUAUUUUGUUAAA